AUGGCAAUGAGGAUGAUGAUGAUAAACCCACCUUACAAGUUUGCUGUCAAGAUUGGACAGAGUGAAGGAGAAAGUGGUACCCUGGACGACUCUUCCAAUCUUGGCUCGUGGAAAGGUAAAGCAUCUGCCUGCAGCCUUGAAGACUCCACCACCUCGGAGUCUCCCACGCUGCCCAUGGUCAUGGUCAACCCCACAGUCAACCCCACCUUGUUCUUCAACAUCGCUGUCAAUGGUGAGCCCUUGGGCCUCAUCUCCUUCAAGCUGUUUGCAGACAAAGUUCCAAACGCAGCAGAAAAUUUUCCUGCUCUGAGCACUGGGGAGAAAGUAUUUGGUUAUAGAAUUUCCUGGUUUCACAGAAUAAUUCCAGGAUUUAUGUGCCAGGGUGGUGACUUCACAUGCCAGAAUGACACCGGUGGCAAGUCCAUCUAUGGAAAGAAAUCUGAUGAUAAGAAUUCUAUCCUGAAGCAUACAGGUCCUGACAUUUUGUCCAUGGCAAACACUGGCCCCAACACAAAUGGUUCCCAGUUUUUCAUCUGCAAUGCCAAGACUGAAUGGUUGGAUGGCAAGCAUGUGGUGUUUGGCAAGAUGAAAGAGGGCAUGAAUAUUGUGGAAUCUGUGGAGUGCUUUGGGUCCAGUAAUGACAAGACCAACAAGAAGAUCAUUGCUGACUGUGGACAAUUCUAA